AAAUACAAAUUUCAGUUGUUAUAAGUGGUCUCUUAAAGGGUUUAUUCAGGAGUAUUAUUUAUAUCAACACCAAAUUUAGACUGCAAGACCAUUGGAAGACUUUGAAUAGUAGUUGAAUAUAUUUUACUAUCUGUAUUGUCAAUAAUUAUCCUCAACUCACUUUUUAUUUAUGUUUGACCAACCAAGAUGAUUUGUUUUCUUUUUUUAUAAUUUCUUCAGGUUAGGGUUGUUGUUAAAUUUCUGAUUACAUUGUUAAACCAUCACUAAAACUAUUUUCAAUGAGUUUUUUAAGCAUGGAAAUUUUGAUUUAUAUAGUCUUAAGAUCACUAUGAAAGAAUAUCUAUUUAUAUAUACAACUUAUUACUCAAUGUUGUUAACAAGGCAAUCACAUGUUUUGUUUUGUUGUGAAUUGCUUUGUGUAUAAACAAAUUUUGGCUGCUUGUGCUUAUAAUAAUUUAAUAUCACUUUACAUGGUGUCACAAUUUUUAUAGUUAUUUUAAGAUUUACUAGGUAAUAAUGGAAUUUACACCGGAAAUGUCAAAAGAGCUGUUGAACUCUGUGUUAGCCCCAAGGAAUGAGAAAGAAAUAGUAAGUUUUGAUUCGAACAAUCAACUAAAACCUACUAAAUAUUUUAAUUUUCUAGUAUCAAAUUCUUGGACAGGAUGGAUCAAAAGGUUUUGUAUGUUUAGAGGUGCAACGGGACUCUCAAAUAAGCCAAACAGCAACAGAUCAGUGUGCUUCUUUACGGUUUCAGUUUGGAAGCUGGCGAACUUCUCACUUCUAUAGGUAAACUCUUUGCCGAAAAUAUCAACAGUUAGUUAUAUACUGUGAUUAUGAAAAUGCGGUUAAGAAACCAGAUGUCCUACACUGUAUCAGAGGAAAUGACUAACUCGAAAAAAAAAGUAAACCAGAUCCAGAAAAUCAAAGUCCUUCUUUGGAAAAUGUACAUCUUGAGAAAACGGCACUGGAUGAUCACAAUUCUCGAAUUUGCUGUUCCCAUUUUUGUGUUCUGGCUAGUGGUUCACUUCAAAAACCUAUUGCCGAGUGACCCAAAAAUUGUGUUUGACAAGCAACCAAAGAGAUACAAUACACUGCUAGUCAAUGGCCAUUACAAAGUUGCCUAUACUCCAUCAGAUCCUCUCACUGAUAAGAUAAUGAUGUUGGUUUCUACUAAACUCUCAACAUUAGGAUGUUUAGUAACACUGGUUUCCAGAACAAAUGAGUCUGAAGUGGAGAAGUGGCUCAGACUUCAAUACUUCAAUUACACUUCUGAGCUGGGUUUUAUAAAUGUGACACUCAAAGCUGCCAAGGUUCCUGAAAAGGGAGUAGGAGUCAUAUUUCUGGACUCUGAAGACUCUAAUCACCUCAAGUACAUCCUGAGAACAACCUCAGGCAAGUUAAAGACUACAGAUGACACACGCUAUGGAGAGCAGAAUGGGUACAGUAUGUAUGACUACGGAUAUUCAGGAUUCAUAACAAUUCAGACUGCUAUUGAUCAAGCUUAUCUGUACAUCCUGCACAAUAUUGAGGUUUCCAAUGAAACAUAUGUUGGGGCACUGCCCGCUAUUGAAUACAAUGUUGUUGACUUGGUGGAAAGUCUUCUCCCUACUAUUAUCUCACUGGGGUUCACUUUCAUCAUGCCAUCGUUGUUGAAAGAAAUUGUGGAUGAGAAGACAUCUGGUAUCAAGGAGAUGAUGAAGAUCAUGGGAAUGAGGUCAUGGGUCAACUGGCUGAACUGGAUUGUAUACAGUCUCAUAAUAUAUCUGCCAGUUACCUUUGUCAUCACAGGACUGUUUGUCAUAGACUCAGGAACUGGACCUCCUGUCAGUGCCAGCUUCCUUCUUGUGUGGUUCAACUUCAUCUUGUUUACACUUGCCUUCCUAGCUCUAAUACUUGCCAUGAGUACCUUGUUCACCAACGGUAUAGUUGCCAUGAUUGCUGGAGAGGUUGUCUGGUAUGGCACCACUGUUCUGCUCAACACAUUUAUUGUAAGUUACCCAGAUAAGUUCAGCCUAUUCAUCAACCUGCUCUCGUGCCUUUGUCCAUCGAUAGCACUUAUUUGGAGUUUCAACUGCAUUAAAGAUUUCCAGAAGAAUGGCCGCUCAUGGACAAUGAGGAACUUCUUUGACAAUAGGACAGGAGGUGGCAGAGUGUCUGUAGGUCUGGCAUUUAUCAUGUUGAUUGUGGACAUGAUAUUGUAUAGUAUCAUCACUUGGUAUAUAGAUAGCGUCAAUCCUGGGCCCUACGGUAUACCUAAACCGUAUAAUUUUAUGUUUAAGAGAUCUAAUGGGAAGAAGUGUGGUGCAGCAUCUCGUACAUGUCAUGCUGCAGGAUCGAAAAAUAACUAUGAAAUACCACCAGCAAAUAUCAAAAUUGGCAUUAAAAUAGAGAAUCUCAGAAAGACAUUCAAGCAGGGAAAAGUGGUAGCAGUCGAUAAAGUCGAUUUGGACAUCUACGAGGAUAAUAUAACUGCCUUACUGGGUCACAACGGAGCGGGCAAAACCACCACCAUGUCCAUUUUAGCAGGCUUCUUACCACCCUCCGAGGGCAAGGUGGUUGUGAGGGGCAAGAGUAUUUUUGACAACAUGGACGAGUUUCGAUCCAACCUUGGUUUGUGUCCACAACACGAUUUACUCUUCUCUUUUUUGACAGUUCGUGAGCAUCUAAUAUUUUUUGGCAUGCUAAAAGGAUUGUCCAUGAGUCAGUCGGAACAAGAUGGUGCAGUGCUGAUGAGCAAGUUGAGUAUAUUUAGCAAGAGAAAUGAGCAGAUAACAAAAUUGUCUGGAGGAAUGAAGAGAAAACUGUGUUUGGCCAUUGCUUUAAUGGGUAGCCCUCAGAUUUUAAUCCUGGAUGAACCUACAGCUGGAAUGGAUCUUGAAUCACGGCAUCAAGUCUGGGACAUGUUGUUAGCUUCUAGGGGGCAUCGUACAACGAUAAUCUCAACCCACUUCAUGGAAGAAGCUGAUGUGUUGGGAGACAGGAUAGCCAUCAUGGCCCAUGGUCUAGUCAGCUGCUAUGGCACCUCUAUGUUCCUCAAGAAACAUUUUGGUACUGGCUAUCAUCUGAAUAUCACGAAGAUGGAAGAAGCUCCCGAACUUCCCAUCACGAGCGCAGUCAAGGAGCAUAUCACAGAUGCAACCAUGAUAUUGUCUAGCGCUUCCCAGCUGAACUACAAUAUCAGAUUCGAAGAAGGAUCUCAAUUCCCAGUGCUCUUCUCAGUCCUGGAGAGCAGUAAAGAUGAUCUGGGUUUGACAGGAACCAGUAUCACAUCCACCACACUGGAGGAUAUUUUUUUGAAGAUUGCAGGAGGAAAGAAACAAUUGGAAUCCACAAAUGGACAUAUUGAAAAUGCUAACCCAGUAAGGGAAGAUCAGAAGAUCAGUGGAAAUGCUCUUUUUAUUGUUCAGCUCAAAACAUUGGUCUACAAAAGAGUCCUGACUAGAAUUAGGACUUGGAUCAGCACUCUAAUAUUUAUAGUUGUACCUGUUGCAUUGAUGGGAGUGGCAGUAAUGAAGAUGAUGAAGCACGAUUACAUUGCCGUUCAGCCAAAACUGUUGAUAGGCCUGAGAAACUUUCCAGGUGUCCACGUGGCAGUGUCCUCUGACAAUGACACUGUUACUGGUGUCAUAGAGAAGCAGGUGGUCUCUGAAAGUGCUACCUUUGACCUUAUUCCUGCAGGAACUUAUCUUAACCGAUAUUUGGCAGAAAAGAUUAACAACAGCUUGGUCCAAUAUGAGAAAGAAAUGAUAAUGGGUUUUGAAGUGUACAAAGGCACCAUUGUUGGUGGCUUCAGUCAGUAUUUCACCCACUCACCUCCGUUGGUGGUCAAUACUAUAACAAACAUCCUCCUACAGCUAGCAAGUCCAUCAUCCACAGUCACAGUCUACAAUCAUCCUCUUUCUGUCAAGGCUGCUGCAGAUGCCUGUGAUCUGUCCUCCAGUGCUCCUGUACAUAUCUUUGACUUUCCCCUCCACAUAAUCUUUGUCUCACUGGGCCUCCUGUUCCUGACUAUGAACUUCAUCUCGUUUCCACUUACGGAACGUGUGAGUGGUGCUAAACAGCUCCAACUUAUGACGGGAGUCUCCCCACUCCUAUACUGGCUCACUAUAUUUAUUUGUGAUGCAGCCAUGUAUUUGUUCACUGCCACCCUGAUGGUCUCCAUGAUAUACGUCGUCCAGACCGAACAGAUCCUUUCUGACUCAGGAUAUAUGGGAAUCCUGGUUCUGUUAUUUGUAUUAUUUGGAGCCAGUGGAAUUGCUUUUGCAUAUUUCUUCAGUUUCUUUGUGAAAUCAUCAGUAAAAGCUUCUGUUGUGUUUAUCAUUAUAAACUUGCUUACAGGUACAUUUGGCGGUAUAUUCAUUGUCAUACUCGAUAGCUCCUACACAACUUAUGGAAUAUGGCGGCAAAUACUUAGCUUUAAUCCACUUUUCUCCAUGACUGCUGCUCUCGUCCAUUUGUUCAUCGUUAUGUACAUCAAUGGAACUUGUUUGCACUGUGGAAAAGAUUGUAAAACCCUGGAUCCCAUGCAAUUCCUGAACAGUGGUCCCAAUGGUUUACAUCCACAUGGAAUCUACAGUUUCCUCAUAUUCCUACUUGUGGAUGCAGUAAUCUACUAUGGAAUUCUGUUGAUUAUUGAGUAUGGAGUACUAAAACAUAUUGUGCACAUUGUGUCCACAUCUUGGAUUAAAACCAACAGCCAACAUUAUGUUGAAGAUCCUGACGUAGCAUCUGAGAGAAUAGAAGUACAUUCCAGUCACACACUUCUAGACAUUGGUCUUCCUGGUUACAUCAAUAAAGCACCCAUCCUUCAUGUGACUGACCUCGGGAAGAAGUACGACAACAAGAAAAUGGCUGUGUAUGGUGUUUCGUUCCAAGUGCGGAGGGGAGAGUGUUUUGGUUUGCUGGGAGUUAACGGUGCCGGCAAGUCUACAACUUUUAAAAUGUUGACAGGAGAAGAGAUCCCCAACAAGGGAGAUGCAACAAUUCUCCAAUUCAGUUUGAAAAAUCAGAAAUCUAAGUUCCUAUCAAAGAUCGGCUACUGCCCUCAGUUUGAUGCCAUCAACAAAUUGUUGACAGGCAAGGAGAUGCUCCGAAUGUAUGCUCUGCUGCGAGGUAUUCCUUCUGCUCUGUGUGACUUUGAGGUCUCUAGAUGGAUAGAUAUAAUGGGUUUGAAGGAGUAUGCCAACCGGCCGUGUGGUACAUACAGUGGUGGCAACAAACGCAAGUUGAGCACUGCAAUGGCUUUCAUAGGAGAGCCUCCAGUAGUGUUCCUGGAUGAACCAACUACUGGAGUAGAUCCUGUGUCCAGGCGUAAACUGUGGGAAGUUGUAUCCAAGUGUCAACGAGCUGGACAGGCCAUAGUCCUCACUUCCCACAGCAUGGAGGAGUGUGAGGCAUUGUGCUCUCGGCUGACGAUCAUGGUGGCUGGGCACAUGAAGUGUAUCGGCACUCCGGAAUACCUGAAGCACAAGUUCGGGCAAGGCUUCACCAUCAAGAUAAAACUCCGCCCUUCACAAUAUUUACAUCAUUUAGAACAAUUCAAACAAGACAUGUUGUUGCAUUUCAAAAACUGUUCCAUAAAAGAUGAACACUUGACUAUGUUACACUACCAUAUCCCAGACCCAUCACUGCCAUUGUCUCAACUGUUUGGCAGUAUGGAGCAGUUGAAGCGUAGACAUGAAAUCAUCGAAGACUACCAAGUCAAUGACACUACCCUUGAGGAAGUAUUCAUGUACUUUGCUCAAACUGGGGCAAGCAUACAAGUAUGAUGUGACGACGAAGGGGAAUAACAGAACAACUUUCAAUGUGUUAACUUUAAAUUUUAUAAAAUUGUCAUUUACAAUGAAUUAAGAUAAUUGAUUCUCACUUUCCAUACUUUGUAAACCGAGUUGAUAAGUUUAUUUAAAAAAAUAAACAUAGUUAAUUCAUCAUUUGAAAGUGUUAUUUUAUACUUUAUUGUAAAAGAAACUUUGAUCAAAUCUGUUUUUACCACUGAUUAUCUUUGUAAAAGAAACAUAUUAUAAAAACUU